AUGUCAGCGAGUUUCAACUUGUAUGAGGUGGCUCAAAACUAUCUCAGCAGAAUAUUAUCAACAGACAGUGAUAAAGCAGAAAGCGGCCAAUUGACCCGGAAGGAAAACAGCAGUGACCGUAUAAGGGUUCUUCUCUUAGAUAAUGUAACGUCAAAAGUGAUAUCCAUGGUUUCUACACAGUCUGAGUUGCUCAAGCACGAAAUAUUUCUUAUCGAUAGGCUUGAAAAUACAGAAAGAGAUAACUUGAAGAAUCUUCCCUGUAUAUGUUUACUCAGACCAUCGGAUCUUACAGUAUCAAAUCUUUGCAAUGAGAUAUCAGUUCCAAAGUAUAAAAGCUAUCAAGUAUACUUCAAUAACAUUGUGUCCAAACCUAGAUUGGAAAGAUUGGCCGAAUCCGACGAUAUGGAAAUUGUAUCUAAAGUUGCAGAGGUGUUUCAGGACUUCUACACAAUUAAUAAAACCUUUUUCACAUCCAUCAAUAUACAGAAUUCAUUAGGCAUUAAUCUUCCAGAUACCUGGGAUGGUCCUUCAUUUGACAGUUCAUUGGACUCGAUUAUUUCCACACUACUAUCUUUGAAAUUAAACCCAGUGAUACGGUAUGAAUCAAACUCCAAAAUGUGUCAGAAGCUCGCAUCAUCCGUUGCAUACAAGAUAAAAGAGAAUAACAGCCUAUUUUCUGAUACUCCAAAGAAAGACAUAUCACCCUUGCUUUUAAUUGUUGACCGAAGAAACGAUCCGAUCACCCCGCUUCUUUUCCCGUGGACCUAUCAAUCAAUGAUUCAUGAAAUAUUUGGUAUCAGAAAUAAUACAGUCGAUAUGUCCGGGUUACCGAAUGUCGGUGAAGAAUUAAAGACGGUGGUUCUCAAUGAGACGCAAGACAAGUUUUAUGAGAAUUCGAUGUACUCCAACUUCGGUGAAUUAUCUCAGUCUCUCAAGGAAUAUAUCAACAAAUAUAAGCAAAAGACCAAGACGAACUCUAGUAUUAGCACAAUAAAAGAUAUGAGAUUCUUCCUCGAAAACUAUCCCGAAUUCCGAAAGAUUUCGUUGAAUCUCUCCAAGCACAUGCUGCUUUCAUCUGAUAUCGAUAAAAAGAUCAAUGAAUGGCGCAUGUGGGAGGUCAGUGAAUUUCAGCAAACUUUGGUUUCUGAUUCUAGUUUUAGUAACCAUAAAGAAGAGCUUACGAAACUUGAGGAUUUCUUGUUCGAUCGUAUAAAGAAUGAGCAGGGCCAAAUUCAGCCACCACUUGCCGAAUCCACUAAAGCUAAAUUAUUGGCAUUAUACGCAUUGAAGUAUGAGACUUUCAACGAAAAUCAAACCUCUCAUCUUAUUCGUCUGCUUAAAAAGCAGGGAUUUUCUGCUGAAUAUCUUCAUUUCAUUCCUAGUUUAUUAAAGUACGCAGGUUCAUCACACAGACUUUCAGAUAGGGUCGGAUCUGUUUUUGAACGGGUCGCAAAAUCAUCGACAACUUUUAUAAAUGGUCUCAACUUUGGUAGUCAUGGUGAUUCCAGCAAUGUUUACAUGCAGCAUAUUCCGCGAUUACAAAACGUUCUGAUGAAAAUUGCAAAAUGUAGUCUAGACAGUGCAUUAUAUCCUUAUAUUAAGGAACGAUCCUUGCGAAAUGAAACUGCAAGUACCGAUGAUCGGGUACCACCUCAAGAGGUUGUGAUAUUUAUGGUUGGUGGUGUCACAUAUGAGGAAGCCAGGUUGGUUGCCGAACUUAAUAAUUCUAAUUCCGGAUUAAGGUGUGUUAUUGGUGGAACUAAUAUUCCAAGCACGGACGAUUUUAUGAACAACAUUAUUGAUGUAGGCUCCACAUGGGGCGCUGGUGGUGCUAUUUAA